UUUAUAUCGGCUUUUCAUUCGGUUUGGUGGCUUGCGACAAAAUUAUGUGCGCGUGUUGAUAUUUAACUCAAAUGUAUAAAUAUUAAAAUUAAGAGGAGAAAUCCCUUUGAAAAAAAAUCAGGAAAAAAUGUCUUGAAAAAGUGGGUCUUAAAUAGGCCAAUACAUUAAAAAUUUAUUGAAAUUUUCUUUAAAAAAAAAAGCGAAAGCAAUUAAGAAGUGUUUAAAAAUGAUUUGAUAAGCGAAAUAUGUUUAAACGCAGUGCAGUAAUUUGUUAAAGAAAAAGGAUUACGAAAGACAUAUUUUGGCAUAUUAAAUACGCAAAAUAUUACCAUGCAAAGACCUUGACUGUGCAAAAAAAUGCCAUAUAUGUGAAAUACCGAAAGUGAACAAUUAAGUCGCCGUUUUUUCCUUUCACACAUGAUAAAUUGUGAUUAAUUUGCUCGGCUAAUAUUUUAAACCAACUAAACGAUUACAAGUUACCAGCAAUCGAGUGAUUAUAGGAUUUUCCAGCGGACUGCAUUUUCAUAAUGAAAAAAUGCUUAAGGCGAAGCAACUAAAGCUAUCAUUACAUAAUAAUAAGGCAACAAAAUCAAAAUCUCCAUUCCAGUAAAGUAAAGUAGAGUUGAGUGCAGUAACCAGCAGCAAUCAAACGGCGUGCUGUUGGUAAACGUGGCACGAAAAAGGAAAGACUGUCCGGCUUAUGUCCAUAUGCUGCGAUUGGGUGAAUGUCGAUAUAAAAGAAUGAGAAAAUAAAAGUCCAUAAAAUGCAAAACAAGCUAACGAGAAAAGAUGGUCAACUUAAAACAAUAGUAAAAAACAACAAAAACAAAAGUAAAAGCAAAAACUACACUUUUAUAAAAAUUGUUAACGUGUGUAAACAUCAUAUUUUCGUAAUUAUGUUGAUGGCGUCCAUAAAGACGACGAUGAUUCCGAUGGAUGAUAAAGAAAAAUUCAGACAACACUUUUACUAUAUUUGCAAAUUAAUAUCGAAAAAAUAAUUAUCGAAAAGAGUAUAAUCAUACUUCAGACCAACAGCAACAAUAAACUAUUAUUAAAAAAUUAAUUCAAGUGUAAAAGAUACGCUUAAAUAAUUUUUUCAAUAAACGAAUUAACAAAGUUGUAAUAAAAAUGUUGUGUACACUUCAGCAGGAGCAUAACUCUUUUUGCUGCAGACUUUUGCAGUAAGCCAACUUAAUUUCGCAAAAUGUCUUCACGUAUGGUUUGUGUGUGAAAAAAAAGGGAAAAUGGUAGACAAUAUUUUUGUACUUUUAAUUCUGCUUCUCUCCAAAGCCCGCUAACAUCUUAAAGCGUGAAACGAAGGACUCUGGUUAGUUCCUAUAAUUGCCACCCACAUAAAUGCUAAUAUUUUUUAUGUCCGGCGAUUAUAAUGUGUCAAGACAUUGCACAUUUAUAAUAUUCGACGCUGGGACUAUCAAUCUGCUUGUAUACGAAACAAUGAUUCAGUUUAAAGAACAUUCGCGAGAGAGGCUUGAGGUAGAAUGAUUAGGGACAGGCAAGAAACUAUGACACUUGAUUUUUUUCGAAAUAAAUUUAUAAAAUAGGGUGACGUUGUUGUAAAAAUACUCUAGAGAGUGGACGGUUGAUUGAACGAUUCCAUACUCAAUACAGGUUUUUCAUAAAGCAGGUUUUUCUAACUAGAUCGAAUCUAAUCUAUAGUAGUAGCCCUACCUUGUUCGAUUUUCAGAUUUCUACAUACAUGUUCAACUUUCUAGCAUCUGACCGGAAAUUUAUCUUAAAUAUAUAAGCAUAGGAAGAGACAAAAUAAUCUAUAUCCACCCACUUGAUAUAUUUGAUCAAUAAAACAUCUUAAGAUGUGUGAAAAAUGUACCAAACUGUUUCUAAUUCUAGAAAAAAGGUUCAGUUUAUUGUGUGCGACGAAGAAUUCUAAUAUAAUAACUAAACCAAUGAUUAACUUUUGCAAAUUUUGAUUACUUACAAAAAUAAAUUAAUCAAAAAAAAAAACUAAACAUUCUUGAUCGGGUCUUUUAUUUUCCUUAACGAAGUUUUUAGUUGGCAGACCCAGUUUAUUAAGUGCAAACGAUUUUAAAAAAAUUUUAAAUAAACUUAAAAAAAAUUAAAAAUCAUAUUUAACGAAUCAUCAGAAUUCAAAGCUUCAUUUUAGAAUUAUAUAUGUGUGUGAAAAGUCAAAUAACCAACUUAAGCUGAAUUGGAAAAAUUAUAGCUUCGAGCUUGAAGAAAUUGCUAUAUUGAAUGAAAGCGGAAACCCUAAGCAAAAUUGUAGAAAAUCGUCUAAAAAAUAACUAAAAUUUAAAAGAAAAUUUUAAUAGAAGUUUGAAAAAAAGAAAUCAAAUCAAAAUUAAUGACAUAGAAGAAAAAGAGAAACUCUUACGAAAUAAAAUAUAUUAUCAAUCAAAUCAGUUGAGAGCAAAGAGAAAAGCUCUAUAUCCGCAUAUUUCGGUGAUACAUGUUUGUGGAAAGGUUGAAGAAAGCAGAGCGGUAUUAUAACGGGAGUAGUUAAAGAAUUCUUUCUUUUUACUUUAUCACUGCGAAAGCCUAUAAACGUAUAAACGUGGAAACCUAUGUAUAAAACAUUUCGAUAAAUCUUUUACAAGAUGCGUUGGGUAACAAGGAACUCAGCUUAUGCACUUAUACGCACAUACACACACGCCAACACCAUGAAGCCACCGCUUUCAAUUGCUCCUGCAUCGGGGUUUAGUUACUCUUCAUCUUUCAUCUGUUGUCGUAAGGGACGGAUGAAAGCAUCGAAGCUGAAGACCAUAAAAUAUCUGCUGGUUUAUGCUGUCAUUUCGCUCAUCUGUAUCCAAGGAAUAAAUUGUUUUCAAAGAUUCUCAGAACAACCCAAGUACACUGAAGUGAAUCCAGGUCAGGACGCUUUAUUAACAUGCAAAGUAAUCGAUAAACGUGGCACGUGUUCAUGGCAAAAAGACAAUAAGCCUGUUGGCAUUUAUGCUAAGAAGUACGAGUGGGCUGCCCGUCCUUCAACACCGUCCGGUGGUAGUUUACAUUUGGAUCUUCAUCCGCCACCUAUGCAGAUUGGCGGCGAUUGUUCGUUAUGGAUUCGUUCGGCCACAUUGGAUUUUGAUGACGGCCUUUGGGAAUGUCAGGUGACAGCAAGUGAUUUCACAACGCAGGAUGCUUUAACAAGUCAACCAGUGCGAUUGGUUGUUCGUGUGGCUCCUCAACGCCCUCGUUUAGAGUAUGAGGGCACUCACGUACCCCCGGGACACAAUAUAACAGUAGACUCUGGCUCGUUAGCUACGGCAAAGUGUGUCUCGCACUAUGGUAACCCACCAGCUACGCUUAAAUGGUUUCUUGGCGACCAAGAAAUUGAACCAAUUCAUCUUCAAACGAACAUUACUGAACCAGAUAAUCCACGUACUUGGUCAGCUACAUCUGUGGUUCAACUGACAGCUAUGCGUGAACGUCAUGGUGAUAUAUUACGCUGCUUAGCGUUCCAUGAAUCCUAUACAGCAAAAUCGGUACCAGUUGAAGCGAGGUUGGAUAUAAAAUAUGCACCAACAAUACGUCUAAUUGGCUCACCGGAAAUCGACUUGGAAGAGGAUAAAGACGCACUGGUUUUACGCUGUGUAGCGGAUGCCAAUCCACCAGCUAGUAUUGUAUGGCGGCGUGCAGGACGAUCUGAAAUUGCAAGUCUGCAGGAAACAUUGCAGCUACGCCCGGUAGGUAGACGUGAUGCUGGUUUGUACACCUGUCAAGCACAAAAUUCUGUGGGUACCUCAGAACAACUUUCGGUGCAAUUAGAUGUAAAAUAUCCACCUAAAAUAUUAUCUGCCGGCCCUGAUCGUUUAACCACUGCACCAUUGUUUAGCCCCGCAGCUUUCGAAUGUGUGGCAGAUGGCAACCCUAUGCCAACUUACAAAUGGGUGCAACGUAUUUCACAUGGUUCGAAAUAUGUAGAACGUGGCCAUGAGCCCCGUUUGGUCGUCGACAAUGUUACUUAUGACUAUCAAGGUGAAUACGAGUGCCGUGCUACAAAUUACAUUAAUGGUCAGGAACGUGUGGCCAUAUCGGAACCAGUGUCGUUGCAAGUUGUGGGUGCUCCGCAGAUAUUACGUCUACAUCCUUCUAUGCAUACAGUACUUACGAGACGUGGUGAUGCCGCCACACUAACAUUUAUAGUAUGCGCCGAUCCCAGGCCGCAGCGGAUAGCUUGGGAAUGGGGUUCGUUGCGUUUGGACGCCGGUUCAGCAACAGACCGUUUUCGUGCUGAUGAUUUGUUACAAGAUGCACGCGAGGAUUGUUACCUAUCAACAUUGCAUAUACAUCAUACCAACGAACAUGAUGCUCGUCCCUAUUAUUUGGUUGUGGAAAAUGAACGCGGAUCCGAUCGUCAUGCCAUACAAUUGAACGUGGAGGGUACGUUUUCAGAACCUCUGGAAAUGAGUUAUUUGUUGGGCACAGCCGGCGGUUGUUUGGCGGCCAUAUUUAUAUUAAUCUGUCUUUGUAUAUACGCGUUACGUGUAAAAAAGUGUUGCUUUAAAGGCAGUAGCGGUUAUAAAUCCUCCGAUAAAGAUAGUGAGAAAGCUGAUCUUAAAUCACGUUCGGAUAGUACUAGCGGGCCACAGGGUGACUCGAUAUAUACCACACCGGCAGGUUUUCAUCAUCAGCAGCAACAGCAGCAGCAACAAGUCCAAAGUCAAUCCCAGCAAUUGCAUCAUCAACAACAAGCGGCAACUACAGCAGCUGCUGCUGCUUUAACUCAUAAUGAACAUGGAUCGCCCGAAGCAAUGAAGCCUACCAAUAUUACCACCUCAGUGCUGGAUCGUACUUUUGACAAUUUGGGUAAUUUUUUGUGGCACCAAGAAGCAGAAGAAUUUGUUGAGAAAUAUCCACAAAAAAGACGCUCACAAUUGCCAACGAUUGUUUCUUCUACGCUUUACAAUAAACCUUCUGUUACGCACGCAAUGAAAAAGCGGUCCAAUGGUGGUGAACUGUUAACUCCAUAUCAACGGCAUCAACGUGAUAUGUUUAGCGGUGAUUUAGGUAUACCAGAAAUAAGCAGUCAUGUGGGUAGCAUGGUACAUACUUUUGAGACUAUGGCCUUGCAGCGCGAGAUUACUGAACGCCAGCGAGCACAACGCAAGCGUGAACACAGUGAGUAUUUACCUGAAGUCACUAAUAGCAACGAGUCCACUCCUACUUCUUACAACCGUGGUAUUUUAACACUUAACGGCACCAGUAAUAAAAAAUUACAACAACUCAAGAAGAAGUCCCAUGAUUCACGUCAAAAGGUAAUACAACAUAUACUACUACAUCAAGACCAUUUGCAACAAUCAUCGUCCUUAUAUCAAAAGCAUUUAUCUGUUAAUAUUAAGCACAAAAACAUUCAUGACUCGAUACACUCUUCCACUUCUAAUUCCGAAGUCUACUACAAAAAUAUUGAUAACGAUUACCGUAAGAAUUAUAUUUGUAACGCAAAAACUCAUUUAGCGGAGACAGAGUCCUAUAGUCAACAAAGUGAAGCUUCACAAAUAGUUACUAAAGCUUUUGAAGAGGUUUUAGCAAAUUACGAGGAUUUAGAGGAGGAUGAAGAAGAAUCCGAAGGUAUAGAAACUCGGAGAGUGAAAAUAUUCAGCGAAAGCGAAACUGGUAGAAAAUCUGAACAAUUUAAGAAACCUGCUCCCCUUCUACCUAAAGAUAACAUAACUUCCGCAAGUCAUUCUUCUAUUAAUAAAAAUAAGCAUAAAACUCUUCCAUUUAAUCACUUUAUUAAAUACUUAAAAGCUUCGUCGCCUUCUACUAAACUUAUAUCCGCUUCAGUCGCAAAAAUGAAUUGUCGAGGACCAAUUGAGAACUCUGAUCAUAUUCCUCGCGUUACUCCUCCCAGUGGUCACUUGUUACGUGAGGUUGAAGGAGAUGAAAGGGGUGAUAAACAAAAGCAAAACUUUUUACGAGGGUCGAGUCUAAGUCACAAUUUUGUACAUCAGUUGCGCGUACAUAAACCACAUCAAAAAGCUCAAGCUCCUCCAAUACCAUUAACAAAACUAACAACUUCCCAAGCUUUACGCCAAAUUCUUUUAUUUCCAAAACGCUUAAAACAUUCAGUAGAGUUUUUACCAGAGGACGGCGAUGUCAUGAACCGUAAGCACUACGGCAAAUUAGAAGGAAUCAAGAAAAUGGAAGAAGAUGAGUAAUGGAAAGUCUGGGUACUUAGAUAGCGUCUAAACUGUUGGUCAGUACAUUAAAAUUUACAUAGUUUGAUAUUCUUCUAUCAGCGUUCGCAUUGUCAACUUACCGCUUUAUGGAUAUAAAAAUUUUGAAAAAGUUUGUGAUGAACCGAAUAUCAUGUACCAAUAAUGUAACCUUGGACACAGUUGAUUGUAACAGCUUUAUGUACGUUGAUUUUUAUGAGCUUGUUAUCUCAAAUCAAUAAAAAAAAACCUUAGAGUGCUAAUGGUUAAAUUUUGUUGGCCGUUUUUCGGACGAAAUUCAUUCAAAUAUAACUGGUAAGCAAAUUUUGUUUCACAUAAAGGAGUUCGUUCUCUCUAGCAUCUACAGUAGCCGACUAAACAAUGAUAGAAGGAAAGAGUAUUUAAUCCAAUGUAAUAAGAAGGAGUAAAGAGAAACACUCUAAACCUUUUAGCUUAGACUAAAGUCAACUAAUUAAGUCCAACUGUAAGGCUAACGUUUUUAUCUAAAAAAAUCAACUAAAAUCCGUAAACGGUCAUAACAAUCAUAAAUCAUAGCCACGCGAAAGAGAACAAUAAAAAUUUACCUUUUAAUAUUUGACACGUUUGCUAUAUAUCAUGCAUUUGUUUAUAAUUGUUUGAAUUAUGUGAGCUUAGGUUAUCCCGAUUUUUCAUGGGAAAAAGACAAUUUGCAAUCAUUUACAAUAAAGAGCAAAUUCAAUUUCUGUUUUGUCAUAUCUACGCAUCAAAAAAUUCCUGAACCUACAUCAGAGGGACAGAGACGCUUAGAAAAACAAAUAGAUAAUAAAAUUAUCCCCGCCUUGCAGCCACAUGAAGCCGCUUUGGAAUUUGUAGCCUUUAAAUAAAAGUUGGUUUGUCAAGUUUUAGCUUUCUAAUUUCAAUUUUUCCGACUACAAACAGUCAAACAGCCAGCACACUAAGGGAAGGGCAAAUAGGGUGAGAUAAAAUUUAUAUCUUACGCCCAUCAAGAUUGUGUACGUUAUAGCGAUGCUUUACAACAAAAGGCGUUCCAAACGAGAAGACUAUAAAAUAAUUGUUGUUUUUUUCUACACCAUUCUUUGAAUAAAUUCCAUAGGGGUUAACGCGCCAAUGCCAUGUAGACGAAGAGUAACAAUUUUACGCCUCAUUCGUUAUGCUAAGAAAAAGCGCUAAAUGAUGAUGGGUCCGUAACAAAAAAGAAUGGAACAGUUUUAGAGACAAAAUUUUACUUACUCCUAGAAGGGUAAAGAGAUAUUUUGGCAAACUAGAAUGGAGACAUAAAUAUCCCACGACAUAUUUUCGCCCUUUUUAAAUCUGAAAUUUGUUUUUUAAUAUACAAUUAAAUAAUUUUUAUAUUAAUUACAAAGAUUUUUAGACUAUCAUCUUCAUCUUAAUUGUAAAUAAUUCGUAGAGCGCAAUCAUUAACUAACAUGCAAGAAAUAAAAAGUACGAAGCAUUUUAUAUAUACGACUAUAACUAAAAAAAAAAAACCUGAAAAUUGUUGACUGAUAUUUUUGCUGAACAACCUCAAAAACGAUUUAUUUUUGUUUAACUUUCUCUAAACUUAGGAGACAUCUACUGUUUAAAGGGACACUUGAAAAACAUUUCCGACUCCUAUAAAAACGUAACCCCGCCGCCUUAAUAAAAUUUGCUAAUAAUUUGCCAUAAUUUACAAAGUCUUCGUUCUGAAAGAUUUCUAUCGAUUAAAACAAAAACGAAUCUUUUUGCUUUAAAAUUGUAUUUAAAAUAUACAACAUUUUAAUGUACAAAUUAAAAAA